ACCAACAACGCUGGCGACGCAGUAAGCAAAAACUUCAGCUGCCCGAACUCCGCAAGCGACUCCAACUUGUACUUGUGGCUUGACUUUAAUCCGUCCUUUAACGUUGUCCCAGAAGCUCUGGAAACUACCGAAUGAAUGGACAAACAAAGUAUUGACGUCAGAACCACCCCGUGACGUCACACAUUACUUUUCUUUCGGACAUCACAGUGGACGAGAAUUUGUUGUGAGUGGGGCAAAACGAAUGUACCUCCACGCCUGUCCGUGUCCGUGCACGUGCAUGCAGCGCUGCAGCGCCUCGUGCAUGUUGUGGCGUCAGUUGUGGCCUUGUGGUGCUUGUGGCGACGGGCGCAGUGGGGGUCGCUGACUCGUUAUUGCCGUGAUCCCGUUUGAUCUGGCCAGGGAAUGCGUGCAGUGCGUGCGGUUCACUUGUCGAUGUGCACCACGACUUUCUCGGAGGUGGUGCCUUUCCACGCGUUGCCUGAGCGGCGUGUCCAGGGCCGUGGGCGCUGACGUCUGGCCAGAGGUCCCAGCGGUAUGGCUGAGAGCGAAGUGUUCAGCGGCCUGAGUGCUGACGAGGCAGAGGUGACCGAGAUGGAGAGCCUCUGCCUCAAUUGCCGCGGCAACGGAACCACGCGGCUUCUACUCACACGGAUCCCCUUCUACCGGGAGGUGGUGAUCAUGUCCUUCCGCUGCGAGCACUGCGGCUGGCACAACAGUGAGCUGCAGCCCGCGGCCUGCAUUCAGCCGACGGGCGUCCGCUACACGUUGACCGUGAGCUCUGCCCAGGACCUGAACCGGCAGGUGGUGAGGAGCGACAGCGCCACCGUGACGGUGCCCGAGCUCGAGUUCGAGAUCCCGGCCAAGACCCAGGAAGGCAGCGUGAGCACCGUCGAGGGCCUGCUGCAAAGGGCGGUGCGCGGCCUGGAGCGCUCGCUCGAGGACGCCCAGCCGGGGCCCCUGCGUGACAAGCUGGCCGACUUCGUGGCGCGGCUCAGGCAGCUGCAGGCCCUCGAACGGCCGUUCCACCUGGUCCUCGACGACCCGUCGGGUAACAGCUUCGUGGAGAACCCGAGCGCCCCAAGCUCGGACCCGAGCUUGAGCGUAGUGCACUACCCGCGCACCAAGGACCAGGACCGCUGGCUGGGCGUACUGGCGCCCGAAGAGGGCAAGAAGGAGGAGGAGGAGGAAGACGUGCACCGGGACGUGCUCAGCUUCCCGACCGACUGCAGCGAGUGCGGGGCACCCUGCGAGACGCGCAUGAAGCUCACGCAGGUGCCGCACUUCAAGGAGGUGGUCAUCAUGGCCACGGUGUGCGAGCGCUGCGGCCACCGGACGAGCGAGGUGAAGGGCGGCGCGGGCAUCGAGCCCCUGGGCGUGCGGCUUGAACUGCGGGUCUCGCGGCCCGCCGACCUGGCCAGGGACGUGCUCAAGUCGGAGACGUGCUCGCUGCGCGUGCCCGAGCUGGACCUGGACGCCGGGCAGGGCGUCGUGGCCGGCCGCUUCACCACCGUCGAGGGUCUACUCGAGGAGAUGCGCGCGCAGCUCUCCCGAGAGAACCCCUUCUUCCAGGGGGACUCUGCACCCGAGGGCCGGCGUCUGCGCAUGGGGACGGUGGUGGACCGGCUGGGGCGGGCGGCCCGGGGCGAGCUGCCCGUGACCCUGGUGCUGGAUGACCCCUGCGGCAACAGCCACGUGCAGAGCCUGUGCGCCCCAGACCCGGACCCGGCCCUGACCGUGGUGCGCUACCAGCGCUCCUUUGAGCAGGAUGAGGCCCUGGGCCUCAACGACAUUCGCACGGAAGGGUACCAGCAGGACCCCUGAGGACGAUUUCCAAAAAGACGGGGAGUGGUGCCACGCUUAUUUCGACUGGACACUGUGAAAGGUGGCAAUAAAACCUUUCCGACAGUCUUUCUUGCUGAGGAAACUGGCCGUUUACUAAGGCAGUCUUCUACCUAAAAACAAAACUCAAUAAAACGUGCCAGUCCGAGGAAAGGCCACAGUGGCCCGAGUGCUAUACUUGUCAAGAAAAAUUUUGUGGCAACUGAGGAAGCUGUUUGUUUGAUGAGGCGGUGUUGUGCAUGAAAGCAAAACACAAUAAAACAUGUUGAACAUAAGUGCAA